AGGAGGGAGGGCUCUUCCGGGAGGACUUUGAUGAGGAGCCACCCAAUGGCUGACUUUCACAUUUGGCGCCAAAUUGGGAGGCUCGGGGAGGGGUUGAGGCGGUAAUCCCCACUUCUCUGCGCCUGCGUGGGACACAGUCGCGAGAGGAGCUUUGGCGCGAGUCGCGGAACAUUUUUCUUUCCCCGGCUGCUCCUGGUCCGACGGAAUCGCGGUGAGGGCUGCUGGGACCCUGAGCGGAGUUGUUCCCAGUACACCUUCUGGGAAUUAAGGGGAAGCUGGUGUGGGGUCCAGGAAAAAUGGAAUCAGAGGAGAACAAUUUGCUGGACCUUCCUGAUUAUGAAGGGAUAGAAGAUGAAGCUUUUCAACCUUUUCCACCUCCAGCCUCUCCAGGAAGGGAUGAUGCUGGAGAAAAUGAGCUUACUACAGAUACAUCGAGGAAUCAGAUGGGAGAAAUGCCUGUAGUUAUAAAGAAAACUGUAAAAAGGAAUUUGCCUAAGUUAGAUGCUCAGAGAUUAAUUUCAGAAAGAGGACUUCCAGCUUUAAGACAUGUGUUUGAAAAAGUGAAAUUCAAAGGUAAAGGUCAUGAGGCUGAAGAUUUGAAGACAUUAAUAAGACACAUGGAGCACUGGGCACAUAGACUAUUCCCCAAACUGCAAUUUGAGGAUUUUAUUGGUAGAGUAGAACAUUUGGGAAAUAAGAAGGAAGUUCAGACCUGCUUAAAGCGAAUUCGGCUGGAUCUUCCUAUUAUACAUGAAGAUUUUAUUAGUAAUGAUGGUGAUAAAACAGAAGGAAAUGGAGUAGAUACAGCUACUGUAGACUUUGAUUCCCUUUUUUCAAAUCAAGUUGACACAGAAAUAUUUGCACCUCAGUUGAAUACAAGUUUAACAGAAGAACAACAGAAAAGAAUUGAGAAGAACAAACAACUAGCUUUGGAAAGGAGACAGGCAAAAUUGUUAAAUAACAGUCAGUCCCAAGAAAAUGAUAUGUCAAUUAUCGGACUCAGAACACAGGCAUUAGAAAAUGAUAGUACAAAUGAAGCACAAGAAGAGAAUUUAAAUGGAUUAAGUGAAGAAAGUCUAGAAGUUACAGACAGUGCUGCUGGUUCUACAAAUAUAAAUGAUGACCUACAAACUUCAAGAGUAGAUGAAGUCAUUUAAAAUAUACAUGACUAUUCAACAGAUCUUUUUAUUUAUUAACACUUAAGUGCCAACAAUAGGUUUGUCUCAUUCAGAAGCAUGGAUACGUCUCAGUUAAAACUAAAAAAAUAAUCUUUAUUAGCUACUUGUUCUCUAGUUUAACAAGUAGAGAUUUAUUACCAUAUUAGCCCGAAUAUAGUGCGCUCCCAAAUAUUUUGAAGGAUAACUCAGAAAGAGAAAACAUCCAUUUUAUUUUCUCCUUUUAAAUUACAACUUUCUCUUAACUCAUGAAUAAUGCAGUCACUUUAUAUUUGAAGUUUUUUCAAGGUCCUGAAAACAAGUUAAAGAAGUUUUAAUGCCACUUUUAUUAAAUAUGUAUUACUUUUAUAGGUUCUUGUGAGAAACUACCUUCUAAUAUUUUAAUCAUGUUCUUCCUCUUCUAUUUUCUUCAUCUCCUGAAAUGGAAACAUCAUUUGAGUCAUUGCCAUCACCCUCUUCUUUCUACAAAACACCAUCUUCACAACCAUCCAUACUGUUGGAUACACAACAUUUUUUAAACCCAAGCACAAUAGACUCGGUGGAGAUUUUGUCCCAAGUAAUUUUGAUCCAGUUCACUAAUACGGUGACCAAUGGUUUCUUUAUUUUUUUGUAAUGGAGUAAAUUCUUGGUUUCUGGUCAACAUCCACUCAUUAUAUUCUUUCCUCAAAUGAUCUUUGAAUGGCUUAUUAAUUACUACAUAUAACACUUGUAAUUGUGAUGUCAUUCCUCCUGGAAUAACAACUAGGUCUGGGUGCAUUUCAGCAACUCCCUUUUUCAAAUUUUCAGGCAGGUGACCCUUGAACGCAUUGAGAACGAGCAUUCCUCUCUGAUACCUACCCCAGACCACAUUCAACCAAUCUAACACAAGUUCUUCAUUCAUCCAUCCCUUUUCCUGCACACAAAAGAUAACUCCUGAUGGUCACUUCUCCUUAGGUAAUGGUUUAUGCCUUGAAAUUACAUAAGGAGGCAGUUUUUGCCGGUCAGCUGUGACUGCUAACAUCAUGGCCAUUCUGGUUUUCUCAUUUCCAGUUGUUUUAAUCAGCACUGAUUUGGCACUUUUAGUAUUAACGGUGACAUUUGACAGAAUAUUAAAAAUGGGCAUUUGGUUGACAUUUCCCAUCUGCCCUAGGAGAUAGACAUGCUUUUUAUGUUUGCUGAGGUGCACAAUACACUACUUAUGGUUUCAAAGCUGGAAGUGCUAAAAUAUAGUGUGAAUGUAACUUUCAAAGGUACAUAUUGGAGGAAAAAAUGCUGCACUAUAUUUAGACUAAUAGAGUACAUUUUUUUUUUUAUGGUGGGUAAAAACAUUUAAGUGGUUAACUUUAUUGGAAGCUUUUUAAAGAGAUGGGCUACUUGUUUAUAUUUGUUCCACUUAUUUAUUUCUAUUAGCUUAAAUUCUUACAGCCUCCAGAACUCCUUUUGCUUGUCUUUUUAUAUAGACAGAUCUUUUGACAGUUAGGUAUUUUCUGCUGCUAGUAUAUAAUUUUAAAAAGUACUUAAUGUUUUAAGAUGUAAAGAUGAUUGUACACUUUUGUAAAAUAAGUGAAUAAAUAAAAACUUUUACAGAA